CACACACACACACACACACACACACAAGCACACACACACACACGUACACACACGCACACACAGCUGUACUGUGAGAGGAACAGAGACUCACAUUCGACACACAUUCACUCUUCAUACAGGACACAAGGAUUUCAGGGUCUUCAGGAGUCAUGCUGUUUGUUCUAGCCUUUGUCUUUGCCCUUUACACGGCGCCCCUGAGAUGUACAGCAGAUCCAUCUCCAGUCUGUCAGCCACGCUCUACCUGCUCUGAGUGUUUGAAGAGUCCAGGAUGUGCAUGGUGUAAGCAGAAGGAUUUUCUGAAGUCUGGAGAAUCAGACGAACGCAGAUGUGACUCUGCUGAGUCCCUGAGGAUGAGGACAUGCCAGAGUGAAAAUAUGAUCGAUCCAAAACCCCAUAGUUCAAUCAUGAAAGAAAACGAACUGAACAGUGACCUCACAAAUGUGGUGCAGCUCAAACCUCAGAGCCUGAAAGUCAAACUCAGAGUCGGUGUGCCACGGGAAUUUGAAGUGGAGUUUAAGAGAGCUGAAGGUUAUCCCAUAGAUUUGUACUAUCUGAUGGACCUGAGUUACUCCAUGCAGGAUGAUCUGGAUAAGAUUAAAAACCUCGGACAGGACAUUCUGGACAACCUGAAGAAAGCCACAAAGACUGUCCGCAUUGGUUUUGGCUCAUUUGUCGACAAGGAGAAGCUUCCGUACGUUAGCCAGAUUAAGUCCAGGAGACAGAACCCCUGUCCCACCCGAUCAGACACGUGCCAGCCCGCCUUCACCUUCCACAAUGUUCUGCCUCUGACCAGUGAAGCCAAAGCAUUUAAGAAAGAAGUCAGUAAGCAGAAAAUAUCUGGCAACCUGGAUUCACCUGAAGCUGGUUUAGAUGCUAUCAUGCAGGCUGCCGUGUGCCAGGAGAAGAUCGGCUGGAAGGAUGUGACUCGGAUUCUGGUCUACACCUCCGAUGACACCUUCCACAUGGCAGGAGAUGGUCGACUUGCUGGAAUAUUUACACCACAUGAUGGAAAGUGUCACCUUAAGUCUGACGGUUCUUAUGACGGCAAACUGUUUGAUUAUCCCUCAGUAGGCCAUCUCUCUCAGGUGCUGCAGGACAAUAACAUUCAGCUCAUAUUUGCUGUGACAAAAAACACCUUUUCUGCCUAUCAGGCACUGAGUGCGUUGAUUCCUCAGUCGGUGGUUGGUGUGUUGGAGGAUGACUCCAGUAAUGUAGUCCAGCUGAUCUCUGAUGCUUAUGGGAACUUAUCCUCCACCCUCCUGUUGGAGCACAACAUGUCCCUGCCUGGUCUCCAUGUGUCCUAUCUGUCUCACUGCAAUAAUCAGUCAGGCAGUAUGUGGCAGAACAGAGGAGAGUGUACGGGCAUCCGAGACGAGAAGGUUUCUUUCACUGUGCGUCUGAACGCCUCUGAAUGUUUGGCUGAUUCUACGACAUUUAAGAUACAACUGAAGGGCAUUAAUGAGGUUCUGCUGGUUGCUGUGGAAACACUGUGUAACUGUAACUGUGGGGAUUCAGAGGAGAAUUCAACACACUGUGGAGGAAAAGGAUCAUUUGAGUGUGGAGUCUGCAGGUGCAGUAAAGGUUAUUUAGGUCAGCAUUGUCAGUGUGAGAGCACAAGUGACAGCGUCAGUCGUAUUUCUUGUCGCCGUGACAACAGCUCUCAGGAGUGCAGCGGUCAUGGUGUGUGUGAGUGUGGACUGUGUGUGUGCAGUGGACAUUUCAGUGGGAAAUACUGCCAGUGUAACGAUGACAGCUGUGAACGCCAUGAAAACAAAAUCUGUAACGGUAAAGGUAAAUGUAACUGUGGUAAGUGUGAGUGUGUUGAUAACUACACAGGCCCAGCGUGUGAGUGCUCACACAGUAAGUGUGCUCAGAAAUACGGGAAGCUGUGCAGUGGUCAGGGCAGGUGUAAGUGUAACCGCUGUGAGUGUAACAACAACUUCAUGGGACACGACUGCGCUCUGAUCGUGAGUCCGUGCUCAACAUAUAAACCCUGUAUAGCCUGUAUAACACACUCUGGGAGCAACUGCACAGAUGUGUGCACAUCAGUCCGACAUAGCAAGAAGGAAGGCUUUCACACGCUGCAGUGUUUACAUGAGACCAUCAGCUAUGACGUGAAUCUGGAUGAUGAAGGCAAUGUGCUGAUCACGUAUGCUGACCUACCAAGUACUGUUGAUAAAACCAAAUUGAUCAUCAGCUCCAGUGUGACAAGCAUCAUCUUCAUCGGCAUCCUCAUCAUCGUCAUCUACAAAAUUCUGCUAGAGCUUUAUGACCGCAGAGAAUACCAAAACUUCCUCAAAGCUCAGGAGAACACCAAGUGGGAAGAGACACACAAUCCUCUGUACAAGGAAGCAACUACUACUGUGUACAACCCUCUGCACACGCAGGACAAUUAAACACCAGCUUCAGACCCGGAGAACAUCGGUGUGUGUUUGUGUGUGUGUGUGUGUGUGUGUGUGUGUGUGUGUGUGUGUGUGUGUGUGUGUGUGUGUGUGUAGACAGAGUGUGUGUAGACAGUGUGUGUGUGUU